AUGGCUGACGCUGACUACGAUGCCGAGCAGGCGGCCGAGAUCAAGAAGAGAAGAACCUUCCGCAAGUUCUCAUACCGUGGCAUCGACCUCGAUCAGCUCAAGCGCCGCCCCAUGGGCCUGAUCAAGAAACUCCGCAAGGCCAAACAGGAAGCCAAGCCCAACGAGAAGCCCGACUUGGUCAAAACCCACCUGCGCGACAUGAUCAUUGUCCCCGAGAUGAUCGGCUCGGUCAUUGGUGUCUACAGCGGAAAGGAAUUCAACCAGGUCGAGGUCAAGCCGGAGAUGGUGGGUCACUAUUUGGGAGAGUUUUCGAUCUCGUACAAGCCGGUUAAGCAUGGUCGGCCGGGUAUUGGUGCGACGCACUCGUCGCGGUUCAUUCCGUUGAAGUAG